UCUACUCAUUCUAGGGUUACGCAGGUCCGGCGACGGCCCGAGCGCCGCUCCGCUCAACUGCUGUCAGAUCGGGAAGCGAUUUUGCUUUCGUUACUGCAGUAAUCUCUGUGUUUGCGACAUCCAUCGAUUGCCAUCUUCAUCUCGCACGAGAAGCUGUGCGGUUUCCCAGAGUCCGCUGCUGAUUUUAUAGGGACGGAAGGCGGAGCUGCGUGUAUCGGAGGGGAAGGGCCGGCACCAUGAAAGCGGCAGGUAGAAAGAAUAUUAGGAGGGCGUCGAAGGAGGACGGUAUUUCGCUCCGAGAAGGCCAGGGCAUCAUGAAAGUUGUGUCUCUUCGCGGCUCCAACGUUAUCGAGGUCAUGGAUGCCAAAGGUGUUAAAUCUCUCGCUUUAUUUCCAGCCAAAUUUCAGAAGAGCUUUUGGAUUAAAACAGGAAGUUUCGUUGUGGUAGAUGAAAGUGGAAGGGAGAAAGCCCUUGAGUCAGGUAGCAAGAUAGCAUGUAUGGUUUCACAAGUUCUCUUCCAUGACCAAGUUCGAGCACUUGAAAAAUCUUUGGACUGGCCUGCUAUAUUCAGAACCGCAACACCUGAUGAUAGCCACCAAGAGUCGAAAUCACAAUGCAAAGAAGAAACGGGUUCUGAUAGUGAGGAUGGCCUCCCACCAAUCGAAGCAAAUCUGAACAGAAAUAGGCCUAUUGAGCUGUAUUCGGAUAGCGAUUCAGAUUCUUGUCCUGCUUCCUAGCACACUAUCGAUCAGUUGAAGGGACAAUUUCUUUGAUGUAUUUUGAUGUCCAUAACACUGCUUGUCUUUGAAAGAUGGUGAUGGACUGCUUAUUCCGCCCGAAUUGGACUGAAUCAGGAGUCCUGUGUAGUCUCUUACACUUGUGUUGGAUACUGAAAUCACUCGUCACACUUGUGUGGCCGUGAUGGGAUUACCUUUCAAAUUGGACCUACCAAAGGUAACAUAUAUGGGGAUCUUUACUUCAUCUUU